AUGUGGCCUGGUCAUGACAAAUGCCAAUGUGGGUUUGGGACGCCUGCUUCCUUCGGGAUGAACAGCGGAGAGUAUGCUGAAGCUAAAAUUCAAGCUCGAACAUCUCCGCCUGAUCUGCCCGGCGUAUACUUUGGUGUUGUCAAGGGACGAAGCAGGAGACAACAAGUCAGUAUUGGCCUGACAGCUGCCUCUUCGCCGAUCGACCCAAAUGGACUGCCCACUGAUGGUCACAUUCCUCACCCACUGCCGUUGUCGGUGCUGAAUCCGACUAAAUGUUUGCCCGUUUUCGCGACCAGUCGGGGGCUCUCCUGCGCCCUUGCUGGCCAAGGCAGGCAAAUCGCACCCGCUGGGGUCUGCCUCCCUCCAUUUAUCCAUCCGCCCUCCCAGUAUCGGUCACAGCCAGUCAAAGGUGUAUCAAUGCUUGUGCGUGGUCUGAGUGACGCCAUUUUGAUCGCAAUCCCACUCUUUCUGCUGACCGCCUGCAUUUGCGAACGCCAGGGAUGGAGAUAA